AUGUCACACAGCUUGCGCGCUCGACCCCCUCCCCCACCUCCCCCACCUCCUUCCCACGCCCCAGAUGUUGAACGUGAGCGUCUAGCUGACGAGCACUUCGCCGGCCCGCCAUUGGUGGUCGACCGGGGUAUACUGCGGAGGGUUGUGGAGGAAGAUAUGAAGUCUAAGGUGGAUCGAUGCGAGUUUCUGGGUUCUGGAACGUUUCAUAAAUGUUUCCUGGUCACGUUCAAGGAGAGGGCCCCUGUCGUAGCUCGGAUCGCCCAGAGCUACUUCCCCGCCCUGAAGACCGCUUCCGAGGUUGCCACUCUGCACUUCUUGCGUGCGCAUACCUCUCUCCCAGUACCGGUCAUCCACGUGUAUGACACCACCACGGAUAACCCCCUGCGCGCCGAAUACACGCUCGAGUCGCUCGCCCCUGGUGUACAGCUUUCGUCUCUGAAUCCGGAUGAGAUGCCUCAGGAAACCAAGGUGCAGCUCAUGUGCGCGCUGGCGAAGCUCGUGGUACCGUUGGGCAAGUGGAGAGCGGCAGCGAUCGGCAGUUUGUACUUCGAGGAGGAACAGGUGGAAGGGGUGCUGUUCGAGAUCCCCGCAUUGGAUAGACCACGUUCGGAUGUCGACGACACGUCCGAGCUGCUUCCCACAGACGAGCCGAGAAAGUACAAAAUCGGCCCUAUCGUCAGCUGGCCAUUCUUCGGCAACGGUCGCGGUUUCCGUGCACUCGAUCGCGGUCCCUGGACUUCCGAGCGUGCGUAUCUCGAUUCUUGCGUCAAACGUGAAGUGGAGGACAUACGUCGGGAGACCGAGCCUGCUGCUGGAGUAGUUCGCGAGAUCAGCAGCUCGAGCGCGAGCGCAUCCAGUAAUUCUCCAGAGCACGAAGACGACGAUUCCCUUCCGGAUGAUGUCGAUUCAGAUAACGACCUGGAGAGCGACGAUGACGAAGGAGGGUAUGGGUCAGACUACAGUCCACACGAAUUGAUGUACAAGGCCUACCGUCAACAGCAAGGCGCUGGGUCUUUCGGCGGCGGAAGUCUGCUCAUCCAUCCUUUCAGGAGAAACAGCGCUGGCGGUCCAGCCCCAUUACUGCUUUUCAGCCCUAUUUCUCCCGGUUCCCCUCCCCCUGCUUCUGCACCACCUGCCAUCUCUUUCGCCGCGCUACCCCCGGUUAAAACGAGGUUGCAGUUGUGUGAAGGGGAGAUGGGGGAGUUCAUGAACCAGAUGGAGGCGUUCGGCAUCGGUACCGGGGACGGGAAGGGGUUCACGUUUGAUUUGCACGAUCUGCGGGCGGAGAAUGUCUUUGUAGACCCACAGAACCCGGGACGCGUCACAUGCAUCAUUGAUUUUGAGAGCACGACUUUCCGUCCAAUCUCACAAGCGUCGCACCUCCCUGCCCUUCUGCUACCCCCACCGCGCGGACUUCCCUCCUUCACACCCCCCGACUCCCAAACGCACAUGAUCGGCGCUCCCCAGACCGUCUCCCCCUUCGCUGUCCCCUCCCUGCAAGACGCAUACCGGGCUGCGGCGGCGGAGGUGGACGAGGGAUGGGUGGAGAGAGAGAGGGAUGGGAAGAAGAAGAGGAUCGCCCAUCGGGCUGUGGAAUGGGAUGGAUGGGAGCCUGGGGUGGUGGAUCAUGCAUUGGGCGCGAUGAGAGCGCUUUAA